AUGGCCAGCCAAAUACCAGAAGAGGUACACAUCCGGCAUUGCAUGCUCUUUGAGUUUCGCAAGGGAAAUAACGCAACAGUUGCUACCAAAAACAUUUGCGAUGUUUAUCCAAAUGCACUGGACAUUCGUAAAUGCCAAAGGUGGUUUUCCAAGUUCAAAUCGGGUAAUUUUGAUCUUUCCGACUCGUAUCGAUCAGGAAGACCAUCAGCGUUAGACAACGACGUGUUAACAGCGGAAGUGGAAGCAAAUCCGUGUCAGACGAUCGAGGAAUUGUCAAACAGUCUCAACAAACCUUGGUCGACCAUCCAAGAACAUUUGAAGCAGAUUGGGAAAGUAAGCAGAGCAGGUGUUUGGGUCCCGCAUAAUCUGUCCGAACAGAAUAAGGCUAACCGAUCAAUCACAUGCAACUUAUUGCUUCAACGGCACAACGCAGAAGCGUUUUUUGAUCGCUUGAUCACAGGAGAUGAGAAAUGGGUCCUGUAUGAUAACCCAAAACGCAAAAGGCAGUGGCUCUCUCCAAAUGAAAUCCCUCGGAGUACGGCUAAGCCAGGUUUACACCCCAAAAAAGCGCUUUUGUGUGUUUGGUGGAGUAUUCGCGGCAUUGUUCAUUUUGAAUUACUGAAACCUGGACAAACUGUUACUGCAGACCUCUACAGCGAACAAUUGCAGCGAGUCAAUCAAUCUUUAAUUGAAAAGUGGCCAGCGAUUGUCAACCGAAAAGGCGUCAUUCUGCAACAUGACAAUGCAAGACCGCACUGCGCAAGGCGAACUCUAGAAAAAAUUAAUGAAUUGGGGUGGGAGGUGCUGCCUCAUCCACCAUAUUCGCCCGAUGUUGCACCAUCGGAUUUCCACUUAUUCCGAGCGCUGCAACACUUUUUAAGUGGCAAAACAUUUGCAAAUUUGGAUGAUAUCCAAAAUGCCAUCUCUAGAUAUUUUGCCGAAAAACCAAUUAAUUUUUAUCGAUCAGGGAUUGAAAAUUUACUCACUAGAUGGCAAAAGGUUAUUGACAAUGAUGGGGAAUACAUCAUUGAUUAA